AUGGCGACAAUUUUCCGGUCUCCACACCCAUUUAUUCGAACAUAUUUUUAUAAAAUAAUAAAACCUUUUUGUUUCUUUUAUAGAUUAGACGAUAUUCAAGAUAAGUCUACUUUUCGAGGAGAUUUUCCCGUAGCCAAUUCCAUUUAUGGAAUUAGUUUUACGAUAAAUUCUGCCAACUACGCACAAAUAAAUGUGUUAGAAAAAUUGGGCACCAUCCAUCCUGAGGCAAUUAAGAUAACCAUAGAAGGAUUGCAAGAAUUUUAUAGAGGUCAAGGAUUGGACAUGUAUUGGAAAGAAAAUUUUAUCUGUCCAAGCGAAGAGGAAUAUAAAACGAUGACAAGAAAAUGUGGUUGGUUUCCAAGAUUGGCAUAUAAGUUAAUGAAAUUAUUUUCUUCGUACGAAGAAGAUUUAUCGCCGUUAAUAGAUAUUAUUGCAUUAUAUUAUCAGAUAAAUGACGAUUACUGGAAUUUGUGUCAGGAAACUGAUGAUCAUAAUUACUGCUCUGAUUUAACCGAAGGAAAGUUAAGCUUUCCUGUAAUUCACGCAAUUAGAAAAAAUCCCGACGAUAAUCAAAUACUAAAUAUUUUAAAACAACGAACAACCGACAGAAAAAUGAAACGAUACUGCGUCAACUUACUAGAAAAUUUUGGUUCUCUCAAAUACACAAAAGAUGUACUUGAGAAAUUAAAGAAGGAAAUAAAAAUAGAAAUUGAACGUUUAGGGGGAAAUCCACGUUUCCUGAGUUUCCUGGCUUUGAAGAAUUGUAAAAGUACUAUACCAUAAAAUAAGAAAGCACUUGGGCGGAUUCCGAUAGCGCACGGGACUGAUAGCACACUACCACUCACAGCG